UCCUGGUGAUGGUGAAGAUGGCGGAUGGGGACAGUGGGAGUGAGCGCGGUGGAAGCAGCGGCGGUGGAGGGGGUGGAGGCAGCGGUGGCUUUCCGCACUUCCAGCGGGACCAAGAGACCCAGGAGCUGGCCUCCAAACGCCUUGACAUACAGAACAAGCGCUUCUACUUGGACGUGAAGCAGAACGCGAAGGGCCGGUUCAUCAAGAUCGCCGAGGUCGGCGCCGGAGGCUCCAAAAGUCGGCUGACACUUUCCAUGUCGGUCGCCGCGGAGUUUCGCGACUACCUGGGAGAUUUCAUAGAGCACUACGCCCAGCUGGGGCCCAGCACCCCGGAGCAGAUCGCCCAGUCCUCGGGCGGCGAUGACGGCGGGCCCCGGCGGGCUUUGAAGAGCGAGUUCCUGGUGAGGGAAAACAGAAAAUACUACCUCGAUCUGAAGGAGAACCAGCGUGGGAGGUUCCUCAGGAUCCGCCAGACCGUCAACCGCGGGCCCGGGUUUGGGGUCGGCGGAGGAGGAGGCGUGCCCGGCGGAGGAGGCAUGCUGUCCGGACAGACGAUCGCCCUCCCGGCUCAGGGACUAAUAGAGUUCCGCGACGCGCUGGCCAAGUUGAUAGACGACUACGGCGGCGAGGACGAGGAGCUGGUCGGCGGAGGAGGCUGCGGCGGCGGAGGUUACGGGGAGCUUCCCGAGGGCACGUCGAUCACGGUGGACUCGAAGCGCUUUUUCUUCGACGUGGGCUCCAACAAGUACGGAGUGUUUCUGAGGGUGAGCGAGGUCAAACCCAGCUACAGGAACUCCAUUACGAUACCGUUCAAAGCCUGGAGCAAGUUCGGGGGAGCUUUCUGCCGCUACGCCGAAGAGAUGAAGGAGAUACAGGAGAGGCAGAGGGAUAAAAUGUACGAAAGGAGAGGAGGAGAAGAGUCGGAGGGCGACGACGUUGACGAUGACUGAUCCAGUCAGCUGGUCUGUUGUGUUUUUGACAACUCCGUGAGGCAAGAAAAUAAUAAUAAAAAUGUGCAUGACGAAUCGAACCUUAGUGCUAAAACUAUGGCGAAUAAAGUUGUAUGACUGAGAAACACUGUCGUAAAUAAAAACAACAAAAAAAGAUUCUUGUUUAAAUCAGUGUAGAUGAGCUGGCUAGCUAGCUAGCUAAACGACUUUUCUAGCUAGCUAGGUUAGCUGCAGUAGGCCUAGCUGUCUGGAAGAUCCUUUUGGUGCAACCCGGUUUUAAAUGUUAUGGAGAAAAGAAGCUCCCUUACCCAUUAAAACCCCUCUGAACUGUUCUUAGUGUGUAUAUGAACUCAAAUGAGGCUACGAGGCUGAAGUCGGCUUCUUGUCCUCCAGCUUCUUGUUCGAGUUUUCCCGUUCCACCUUAAAUGGUGCGGCAGUCGCUGCUGCACCAUUUAAGGUGGAACGGGGAAAUUCGAAUAAGAAGCUGGUUUCAGCUUCGUAAUGGGGGUACAGUAUUACUUUGUUUUUUUUUCUUAAAAAAAAAGAUAAGAGAUUAUGUAGUGUGCUUGUGGUGUGUUUACCAUAACAAGACCAGCGUUGAUAAAACGAUAUGGAUUCAAUAGAAAAGGUUACUUAAGAGGUUUGUUCUGCUAACGUAACGUUAUUUAUCACAUUUUGGAUCAAAUUGCUGAAUUCAAAGUUGUAAGUUGGACUCUCUGGCGCAGUUCAAGCCACGGCUUGGACAUUUUGCAGUAUAUAAAGCCACAUAGAGUGGAAUAAUUCAACCAGAAAAGGUGCUAUGAAAACGUCUCACCACCUCCCUUAAGCAUCAGCAGAGGUUUAUGUUCUCUUUUUAAACUCUGGUUUUCUCUUGUCAGGAAAGAACAUGUAGGAUUCAUAACUAGUCAUGGGGAUGAAUGUACAUACUAAAUUAUUGGAGAAUGUGCUUAUAGAGAUGGUGGGGGGGAUUGACAAAGCACACAAAGCCUACAAGUUGGCCUGUAACCUAUGCUGAUUCACAAAUUACUGAUGCCACUUUGCACUUUUAAGUUGCAAAGGUUAGCAUAGAUACUGGGGUUUCAUUGUGUUUAAAGGGAAUGUUAUUGGCCUGUUUUGGACCAGUGCUUUGGAGAUUUGUGUGCAAAGCACUGGUAGUACAAUAUCAGUCUGAGUUUGAUUGAUUGAUUGUCAAAUUAGAAGUUUUUGAAUUGAAUAUACUGAGUGCUUUCGUGCAUUAACUGGAAAAGAGAUGAGAUUAACCUAAAAAAAAAACACCCAACAGGGGUAAAGACUUAUUUUUAAAAAUGAUAUACAGAAAUAUAUAUAUAUAGAAAUAUAUUUAUAUAUAGGAAUAUAAAAUCAAUUAUAAAUGCUUCCUGAACAGGCUUAUUUAAACAAUCGGAUGCAAUUAUCCGGUGGGAUAUUUCUUACUGUUUUUUCCUUAACUUUUACUAUGUUCCUUAUGGAUGGAAGGCCAUAAGAAUAAUAGCAAAUCACAGAUGACAACAUAGAAACAGUAUUUAAGAUGCUUUAAAUUCAGUUUAGUUUGCAUCCUGUCUCUCUGCCAGCAAAUUUAAUUUGACCUAAGUUUUUUUUCUCCAUCCCCCACAAGGACAGCAUUCUUUUUGCCAUUUUAAUUAUUUAUAUCUCAGUAGUCACAAGAUGUUUAUGAUCUCCCAGAACAGCCUAUUAUCAUCAAUUCACUACUCUUUUCCAUGAUAAAGUGCAUGCCUGUUACAGUUUACAACCACCCUCUGUUCCUAUUUUUUUUUCUACCUGUUCUGAUUACUGUAUGCUCUAAUAUCGAAAGUUUUAUUUUGUCAAGAGAAGGAGGAGCAAUGUGUUACCUGAUUGCAAAAUGUGACACUUUUGCACAUUUAUUAGACCCAGUGUCUGCAGCCUUCCUUGAUCCUUUUUCUUUUGGUUUUGGUUUUAAGCCCUUGACACAGCAAAGAGUUUGCCCAUACUACACACCACCGGGGAGCAAUAGUAAUUUUCUACUACUUUUAGAAUCUGUUUUGAGUUUUGACUUCUGUCUUUUCUGUACCGUGUCCUGUGACGAAGGCAGCUGUUCAGUCCAGAUCGUUCUGCUGUACCUAACUCUCCACAGACUUCCUUUCAACAAUAAAUAAAAAUUCUUUGCUGAGGAAA